AUGCCAGAGUGGCACAAAAUGACCGUACCUAAGAACGGUCAGGACCAAGACCUCAAGAUCAAGAUCGCCUGCCGCAUGGACAAGCCGUUGAACAUGAAGCAUGGCGGCUACCUGUACUGUCUGGGGAAGACGUGCUGGAAGAAGUGGAAGCGGCGCUACUUCGUGCUCGUGCAGGUGUCACAGUACACGUUUGCCAUGUGCACGUACCGCGAGAAGAAGUCGGAGCCGACCGAGAUGAUGCAGCUGGACGGCUACACCGUUGACUACAUGGAACCGGCCAGCGCUCAACUGAUGGUUGGAAUGGACCUGGAGGGCGGCCGCUUCUUCUUCAACGCGGUGCGCGAAGGCGACGGCAUCCUGUACGCCUGCGAGGACGAAAACGAGUGCCACCUGUGGGUCAUGGCCAUGUACCGCGCCACCGGCCAGAGCCACAAGCCCACGCCGCCAGUCAUGUCCCAGGGCAAGAACACUACCCUCUCCAAGCUGCAGGGCGACGCCGACCGUGCCCGAAAGCACGGCAUGGACGAGUUCAUAUCGGCCGACCCGUGCAAGUUCGACCACGCUUCACUGUUCCAGUUUCUGCAGGCCCCUGAACUUUUGGAGCACCGCCUCAAUGAGCCGAAUCGCCCGUUGGGCUGGCUCAGCCCCGGCCAGGUGUUCGUCAUGGAUGAGUACUGCGCCCGCUACGGCGUGCGCACCUGCUUCCGCCACCUGGCCCUAUGCCGCGACCUGCUAGCGCACAGCGAGAAGGGUAGCAUGAUCGACCCCCAUGCUCAUCACUGCAGCUUCUCCUUCUGCGCCAGCCACGUGCACGGCAACAGUAAUUUCUUCAAACCGGACGGUGUGGGCAGCGUACUGCACGACGAAAAGGAAAAAUUCCAGGAGAUCAAGGAGCAGCUGGACAUGUUGCUCGAGAACCAGAUCGCCAACUUCAGGGUGUACUUUCCGUUCGGCCGGCCGGAGGGGGCGCUGAAGGCCACACUGGCGCUGCUGGAGUGCGUCCUGCACAAGGACAUGGUGAUGCCGCCGUCGCAGGACGAGGUGCGCGGCGUCAUCAAGAAGUGUUUGGAGAACGCGGCGCUCGUCAACUACACCAAGCUGUCGGCCGACACUCGGAUAGAAGACGAGCUGACUGGGGAGGUGACGGUGCCACCCAGCAAGAAGCUGGAGGACCUGACGCACCUGGCCGACCUCUGCGUCGACCUGCUGCAGCAGAACAACGAACAGUACUCGGAGGCCUUUCGAACGGACAAAGCGUUCGCGUGGUUCAGCGACCUGCUGGUGGAGCACGCCGAAAUCUUCUGGUCACUGUUCGCGGUUGACAUGGACCAGGUGCUGUCCGAACUGCCGCCCGACGCUUGGGACUCGUUCCCGCUCUUCCAGAUACUCAACGACUACCUGCGCACGGACGACAACCUGAAGAACGGCAGGUUCCAUCAGCACCUGCGGGACACCUUCGCCCCCAUCGUGGUGCGCUACGUCGACCUCAUGGAGUCCUCCAUCGCUCAGUCCAUCCACAAGGGCUUCGAGAGAGAGCGAUGGGAGCUCAAAGGGAACGGCUGCUCAACGUCGGAGGACCUGUUCUGGAAGCUGGACGCCCUGCAGGCGUUCAUCCGGGACCUCCACUGGCCGGACGCCGAGUUCGGCUCUCACCUGGAGCAGCGGCUGAAGCGUAUGGCCUGCGACAUGAUUGAGAGCUGCAUACAGAGGACGGACCAGGCGUACCAGCAGUGGCUGAAGAAGGGCGUCGGCUUCGUCUCCACCGACUACAUCGUGCCGACCGACAUGUGCGCCAUGAUCAACGUCAUCCUGGACGCCAAGAACCAGUCGCUGAAGCUCUGCGCCGUCGAUGGCGUGGAUGUGCACCAGUACCACACCAAGAUCGACGAUCUGAUCGAGCGGACCCUCUCCGGCAUGGUGACCGGACUGGUGGCCAAGCUUGUCUCCGUGCUGGAGGCUGUCAUCGCCAAACUGGGCCGCUACGACGAAGGCAGUCUGAUCGGCAGCAUUCUCAGCUUUACGUACAAGCAGAACGUGUCGGGCUCGGGCCGGGACCUCGGCCAGUCCUACGUGACCUUCACACGAAACUGUAUGGACCAAAUCCGGCAGAAGGUCAGCGACGAGCUCUGGAUACUCAACGUCUUCGAGAUAUGGUACACACAGCAGAUCCAGCUGCUGUGCACCUGGCUGUCGGACAGGCUCGACCGCUCUCUUCACCCCUACCAAGUGAUGUGCCUGGCCCAUAUUGUGAAG